AACAGCGUCCAACAAAACAACCUUGCUGCUGAUUCAAACCUAACAUGGUUAACAAAAGCAAUUCGACUGUUUAUUACCCAAAUCUCUAAUCCGAUGGCCGGCAUGGCAGAAAAAGGAACGGUGAAAGAGACGAUACAGAUAUUUGCUCGUGUGAAACCCACCCGGGAGGAAACAAGUAAGGUGUACUCUGUGAACAAUGACGAGGCAGCAGGUGCUUCUGUGGAAUUUGUGGUGCCCAAAGACCUGGGGGAUGGUUACGUUAACAACAAACUGGAGAACUACAAAUUUAGGUUCCGGAGGGUGUUCGAUCAAACUGCUGGUCAAGAGGAGAUCUUUGAAACCAUUGCUCAGCCAGUGGCAGACAGAGUGUUGGCCGGCUACAACGGCACCAUCUUUGCCUACGGCCAGACGAACAGUGGGAAAACCUUCACCAUCACCGGAGGGGCUAGGAGCUACGGCGACCGUGGGAUUAUACCCCGCACCCUCUCCUACCUGUACCAGCACAUCAUUCAGGACAGCACCAUGGUCUACACCACCCACAUCUCCUACCUGGAGAUAUACAACAAUGUGUGCUACGACCUUCUGGACCGCCAACUUGAAGCAUGCAGGCUAGAGGACCUACCUACGGUAACAAUCAUGCAUGACUCUGAGCAGAAUAUCCAGCUCAGGAAUCUGUCCAUUCAGCAGUCGGCCAAUGAGGAAGAAGCCCUGAAUCUUCUCUUCCUGGGUGACACUCAUCGUAUGACUGCAGAGACCCUCCUGAACAAGGCGUCCACGCGCUCCCACUGCAUCUUCACCGUGUACCUGUGCGGGCGCCAGCCGGGCUCCGCCACUGUGCGGCGCUCCAAGCUGCACCUGGUGGACCUGGCCGGGUCGGAGAGGGUCAACAAGAUGGCCCUGGGGGGCCAGCUGCUGACCGAAGCCAAGUACAUCAACGUCUCCCUGCAUUACCUGGAGCAGGUUAUCAUUUCGCUGUCGGAGAGCCGCGCCCACAUCCCCUACAGGAACUCCCUGAUGACCUCGGUGCUGAGGGACAGUCUGGGGGGCAACUGCAUGACCACCAUGAUCUCCACCAUCUCCGUGGACAAGACCAACCUCAAAGAGUCCAUGUCCACAUGCCGCUUCGCACAGCGCGUGGCUCUCAUCAAGAACGAGGCUGUGCUGAACGAGGAAGAGGACCCUGUUCUGCUGAUUGCCCGCCUGAAGAGGGAGAACCAGUCCCUCAGGGAUGAGCUUGCGAUGGUAACGGGAGAACCGAGACAAGAGCAACUCACUCAGUACGAGAUCCAGAAGUUAGAAGUGCAAGUGAAGGACUUUCUGGAGGACACUGACCCAGAGGCGACACUGGCACUGGGAACCGACCUCCAAAAGAUCCGCCGCUGCUUCACUUUACUGAAGACCAUCGUAUCCGGCCUUCGACAGCAGUUGACCAUCAUCCAGGAGAAGCUAGGACGUGCUAAUGGGACUGGGAACGAGCUCACACCUCUGUCAGCAGUAGCUACAGCACCUGACUUUAUUCCCUUGAAUGAAGCUGUGCGAGGCAUCCUGAUAAGCGAGAAGGAGGAGACGGAGAAGACCAGAGACCAGGACACCACCGCUCAGCUAAAUGGACCCCGGCUGUCCAUUGGAAAAGAGGAGGCCUUUGAGAUCUUCAUGAGAGACCAUGAGGACCGCCUGACCAUUGAGGACAACAAGGCCGUCCUGAAACAAAGGUAUAUUGAAGCCAAAGGACUCGGAGUGCAGGUUAAUAAGACCAGGGACUCCAUCAAUGAGCUGAAGAAGCAGUUAGAGAUGCGUAGGAUCCAGAGGGCUGAUCAAGAUCACCGUGAGGAAGAGGAGCAGGACCCUGUCGAAGCAAUUAUCCUCAAACAGGUUGAGGCAGAGAAAAAAGAGUUCAAGAGCUACAUCGGCGACCUGAAGACCCUAAGGACGGAGAUCCAGCAUGUACAGCUGCUGAUGGAAAGGGCAAAGGUCAAGCUGCAGAAGGACUUCAAGGAGUGGUGGAGCGAGGAGACGCCGGGACCGCAGGAUUCAGGAGCCCCAUCCAGGCUCCAAACAGGACGUCCGAGUCUGAACUCAAAGCCUUCGUCGCCUGGCAGGCCAGGUUCUGGGGGCCAUAGCCUAAGCUACUUCCCUGCACACAAACAACAGGAGCCCUACUCCCAUGUACCCUCAGCGACAGACCUCAGGAGCUUCGUGCCAAAGAUUCAAACGAUGCAGACUCCCUCUGAGGAUCGGCCUGCCUCGAGUCACCAGAGGGGAGGGUCAGUUCUGGAGCUUACCCCACAACUGAGGGACCUCUCCAGCAUUAAGCCGGCGGACUAUUCUAUUCCGCUGACUGGGGACAGCCGCAUCGACGAUGACAUCCUGGCCUUCGUCAGGGCCAGACAAAACCUGCUUCAGAGGAGAGAUACUCCCCAACAGUGACAUCACAACACCCGGGACUUAAAUAUAAAUGUCAGCCAACAAAGGUGUCUGCAGGGCCUCGAGCUUCAAUGCGUCAGGAAAAAAUGAGGGACAACCGUGAAAAGAGGCCGCUCGGAGGAGCCGACAGACUGAGUGUUCAAACAGAGAAGUGCCAAGGGAAGGAAGGAGGGUCUUUGAGGCACUUUGGCCGGCGGCACAAAGCACAUCCAUAUAGCACACACAUACGGCCCACAUAUAGCAGGUACCUGGGAGCACGCGGCCAGCCGUGAGGCGAUGGGCAGCAUAAAUCACCAACACGCACCGCUUGCCUUUCAUCUGUACAAAUGUUGUCUUAAGGGGUAAGAGGAGCUUCCUGUGAAAGCGCCUCCACCGGUUGCUAGGAGACAUGCCCUCGUCAAACAAGGGCUAGAUCGGCUUCGACGGCUCCGGGAAAUAUGCCCCUUUAGAACCGUGCGGCGGGGAGUUGAAACAUAUGUUGACGGAUUUAUUUCAGAUGUAGUAAUAUUUGUGUUUGGGUGUCAUGUGUACAUUUGCGUCGUGUGAAUAUUUAGGAGUGGAUGUUAAACGCAGAGAUGACAAUCAUGCCUCAACAUCAUAUAAAUGAUUGAAUCUUU